CAACAGUGAAAGUGAAGUAGAGUUCUGCUGUCUUGCAGUGAGCAUCUCUACUGUAUACGAUGAGGACUUUUCGGUCUUUACAUCUCCAACUUCUGUAUCUUCUUAUAACGGCUUUAUUAGAAUGUAAAGCUCAAAAGAAGCAAGUUCUUCAGUUGAACAUAAACUCUUUCAGAGGUGACAAUAUGUCUAUUUCUUGCCUAACCACAACUCACCCGCUAGAGUCUCUGACAGUCAAACUGCGCAGUAUCAAACCGGUUAAAGACAUCCUGGUGUAUCCAGACAUCUCUCCAGCGUCAGAGCACCAGAGAUGGUCUGUGAGGAAAGAAGCUGGAAAUGUUACUCUCGAUCUGAAAGACAUCAGAUUAACAGAUGAUGGUCUUUAUGACUGUCAGGUGUACAAGGAUCAGGACUGCCUUCAUGCAACUCAGUUUAACCUGAAGGUCAAAGAGUGUGAAAAAUUGAACCCGGUCCAUGCGACAUUUAACUCUUCAGUGUUGUUGCAAUGCAUUGAGCAUCCACGACAAAACAUGACUCAUCAAGUUACUUGGAAAGUCAUUGUUGGUCACCAACUAACAGAUAUAACUCGGUAUCCCCAUUCAAAAAAUCCUUCAAGCGGCACAGAGAAACGCUCGAAUCCUCUUUAUGAGAGAGCAAGACAACUAGUGAACGGAUCUCUGCUUAUAAGAAACGCAGUCCACGAUGAUGAAUUGUGGUAUCAGUGCAGACUGGAUGAAAAAUCCUGCUUCGAAUUGAAGCUGCUAAUAAAAGGUGCAUUUCCUGAAACACUUUCCACAACAUUGGAAGCCACAGUCUCUGCUGACAGUCCUUUGGUCCAGGGCGAAAGCGACAUAAAUGAGAGCGAAUCAGAGACAGCUAGUUUGUCAGCGGUGGUGUUGACCACAGUAGUGUCUCUGUGUCUCCUGAUGUUACUGACCAUCUGUCUCAUUCUGUAUUUCAAAAAAAGAAGAUGCAAAACCAACAGCCAAACGCAACUAAGUGACCGGUUCUCUGUAAAUUACUCCGAAAUUGUGGAUGGAUUUGGUGUCCCAUUUUAUUCUUUAAUUGAACAAAACACAGCAACUAUGUGCACCUUUGUUCCUGAACAAUCAGAAGCCCCUGCAUGUAAACCAGACAACACGUAUGAAACAAGUACAGGUUUUUUUUUGUGAUGUCAGAUUGGGAAAUUGCUAAUUUAGUAAUUGCAUGGCAUCUCUCACAAAUUAUAAUAAAGUGGAACAUCUUUUAUACACAAA